CCUGCAGCGGAUGGGCCCGUGGGUCCCUGUUCUUAACUGCGAUGCCAUGUGAAGUCGAGAGGCUCGGGAAGUGGUGACGCUAGCCCCCUGGAUUCCCUAACGGCUGUGCCCCAGAGGCCUUCUGGCCAGGAUCCCCACGUUGGACACUGUGGUCCAUCCUGUCUCUUUCCCACCCACCCUUUCCGCCAGGUAGGGAUUCCACCAUCUCUCUGCCCACCCCCACGGCAUCGGGUACAUUCAAGAGGCCCCUAGUGUGUCCUCGAACCUCUGCUCUGAUAGAAGGAUGUCACACACUAUCAUCCCUCUGACAAGGCUGCAAUCCGGAGGUCCGCGUCUCUUCUUCUGGGGGGCACUUAUUAUUCCCACAUUCUACGUUAUUUACUGAGCGCGGGCACUGGGCCAAGCCCUAUGCGAGGCUGGGGGGAGACGGCAGUGGACAAGGCAGACCCAGUCCCUGCCUUUAGUACCCCAAAGGGGACAGGUCUGCCACUGACAGGUAGAGUCGUGGUCAGGCGGGGAUGGAGGCAUACUAGCGGAUCUGUGAGCCUGGAGGGGGCACCUGACCCAGGCCGGAUCCAUAAAGUCUUCUGCAGGAAGAUGCUCAGCAGGCAUUUCAAACCUGAUAUGUCCAAAUGGAAUUCCUUGUGGCCUUCCUGAUGAAAUGGCCCCAUCAUCUUCCUGGGAGCUCUGGCCAAAACCUCCAAGUCAGUCUCCAUUCAUCUUUUCUCAUCAGCUGAGCCCCCACCACAAUCCAAGUCUCGUGCAAGUCCUAUGGACUCUACCUUCAAAACAGCUCGAGUCCUCCAGAAGAGCUGCACCCUUCCUUCCCCCCUCCACUGCCACCACCCCCAACCAGGCCAUUUGUGACCAUCACUGGCUAUUGCCAUAGCCUCUUCCCUGGGCUCCCUGCCUCUGCUUUUGCCCGCUCAAGUAUGUUCCCCGCACAGCAGUCAAUGGGAUCCUUUUAAAACAUAAGUCAGAUCAUAUCCCUUUCCUGCUCAAAACCCUCUCUGAAUAAAAUUCAAACUCCAUAUCCUGGCCUAUGAGUCUCUGACAACCUGCACAGACUCAACACCUGCCAGGGUCUUCCUCCUUCAGGAGGCAGACCCCCGGAACUGGGUGACUGUAGAUUUAGGGCAAGAGGAGGGAUGAAUCCAGGGUGACUAUGUCCUGUCCUGUGGAGGAGCUGGGCGGAAGGUGGUGGUGCCCUCAGGAGACAGGAAACAGCUGGGAUCCUCAGUGGGGCAUUUGGAGGACCAGCCAGAUGGACAUCACAAGCAGAGUCACCCACAAGGAGAAUGGGCUGGGCAGGACCUGAGGACCAUGAAGAGGACUCUCCAAAGGAGAUUGGAGACUCUGCAGGAGAUAAACCACAAGAGCAGAGGGAAGAUCAACUCAAAAGAGAAAAAACUUCAAGGGGCCGUUGCUCAGCUUGACAGAUGCACCUGAUGGUCAUGCCUGAUGGCUCCUAAGGGCUACUUACUGGCCCAGUGACAGGGAAGAGUACUCUGAGCAGAGGGAAGAGCCAGUGCGAAUACCUUGCAGUAGGUGUGUGUCCUGCAGUGUUUGAGAGUACAGACCAGCAUGAGCGAGGAGGAGGCAGACAAGGUCAGAGAAAAAGGGAGCCAGGUCACAGAGAGCCUCGGAGACCACUGGCUUUUCCUAAAAUGAGAACAAAUGGUGGGUCAGACUAGGGUGGCAGCCGUGCAGAUGGUGAGAAGUGUUGGCUUCUGGGUCUGCGUAGAAGCUAGUCAAACAGGAUUUGCUGUCUUCCAUUUGGGCAUUUGGGGUUUGAGGUCUGAGAAUGUCUCUGGGGCACCCUCAGUGGGACAUGUGGAGGAAUGGCUGCGACUCGACGUUGCAAUUUGGAGUCACCCACGGGGAGAGUGAGAAGGGUGGUGGAGGAAGAGCAGGCUGGGGUCCUGGACCCCAAGGCUUCUGGCCUGAGCAGCUGAAAGGAUGGAGCUGCUCUUCACUGCAGGAGAAGCAAGUGUGGGAAGAACAAUCAGGAAUCUGGGUUUUGAGAUGCCUAUUAGACAUUUGAAUGGCAUGGGCCCUGCCUCAGAAAGUCACAGACAGUAAACAAAGUCACAUAAGAUGACUCCACGUAUUGUGGCAAAUCCUAGAAGCAGGGUGACCUGCUCAGAGGCUCCUGGACUAGGCCAGGCUGGAGGCAAUGGUGGCUUGGGGAGGCGGUACUGAGCCUGGUGGAUUUUUAUGGGUUUACCAGGCAUGUGGCUGGAGGAUUGGAGUUUCUGCUGGGAAGGAACAAGGUAGGAGGAGGGAGGACAGAAAGGGGUCGAGGAUGGGCUAAUCCACGUUUUGUAAGUCCACAGAAACUUGUGGGAGAUUCUGAUACCAGAGCAGAAUCGAGUCCAAUCCUGGCGGCCCAUCCACCCUGCCUGGGAAACAGAAGCAGCCCCAGUUGGUGUCCUUGGAGAUGUGAUCCACGCUGCCUCUGUGUCUCCCUGGAGUUGGUGAUCACCCUGCUCUGCAGAGGAUGCAAUCGGGAGACAGUAUCCCACCCCCACCCAAAGUGAAAUCCAGUUGGUGUUUCCCUUUCUCCCCCUUCCCCUGAAUAAAGCUGCAGUCCCCUACCCCUUCUCUUUCCUUAGAGUUGCUGACCCUCCCAGGCUCUCUAAACAGCUCUGGAGGUCCAGGUCAAAGAUCUCCACCCUGUCCCUCUGAUUUGGGCUGUAACAGGGACAGCCUUCCUGGAGACUGUGACACUGCUUCUUAAUAUGCAGCCUCAACACCUCAAACAGGACACAACCUAAUUCUGAGUGUAACUUGCUUGUCUUUCCCACCCCACCCCCAUACCAACUCAGGCUCCUUCUCUACUUGCUGCACAAUGGGGUGCAUUACGAGAAGCCUCCUGAAGCCAGAACAUCCAGAAAAAGCAUAUUCUACCUGCACGUGGCCCUGGAUCAAUUUGGGCAGGAGAGGUAGCUAGCAGCCUCCCCGGAGGCUACGACCCCCGCAAACCAGAAUCCGUACGUAACCUGCCUCCCCUCUCUCCCUGUCCAGGAGAAGCCAACUCCUCCCGGCCCGCCCGGAACCCGCGAUGCCCGCCCCGCAGUGCGCCUCCUGCCACGCGGCGCGCGCUGCCCUCCGCCGCCCGCGCUCCGGUCAAGCGCUGUGCGGGGCCUGCUUCUGCACCGCCUUCGAGGCCGAGGUGCUGCACACGGUGCUGGCGGGCCGCCUGCUGCCGCCCGGCGCGGUGGUGGCCGUGGGGGCCUCCGGCGGCAAGGACUCCACGGUGCUGGCGCACGUGCUGCGCGAACUAGCGCCGCGCCUGGGCGUCUCGCUGCGCCUGGUGGCCGUGGACGAGGGCAUCAGCGGCUACCGCGACGCGGCGCUGGCGGCCGUGCGACGCCAGGCGGCGCGCUGGGACCUCCCGCUCACCGUCGUGGCCUACGCAGACCUCUUCGGGGGCUGGACGAUGGACGCCGUGGCCCGCAGCACGGCCGGCUCCGGCCGCAGCCGCGCCUGCUGCACCUUCUGCGGGGUGCUGCGGCGCCGCGCGCUGGAGGAAGGGGCGCGCCUCGUGGGAGCCACGCACAUCGUGACGGGCCACAACGCCGACGACAUGGCAGAGACCGUGCUCAUGAACUUCCUGCGGGGCGACGCGGGGCGGCUGGCCCGGGGCGGGGGCCUGGGCUCGCGGGGCGAGGGGGGCGCACUGCCGCGCUGCCGCCCCCUGCAGCUGGCCUCGCAGAAGGAGGUGGUGCUGUACGCGCACUUCCGCCGCCUCGACUACUUCUCGGAGGAGUGCGUCUACGCGCCCGAGGCCUUCCGCGGCCACGCGCGCCACCUGCUCAAGCUCCUGGAGGCGGCGCGGCCGUCGGCGGCGCUGGACCUGGUGCACUCGGCCGAGCGCCUGGCCCUGGCCCCGGCCGCGCGGCCGCCGCCCCCCGGCGCCUGCUCCCGCUGCGGGGCGCUGGCCAGCCGCGCGCUCUGCCAGGCCUGCGCCCUCCUGGACGGCCUGCAGCGCGGCCGGCCCCGCCUGGCCAUCGGCAAGGGCGGCGGGGCGCGCGACGAGGAGGGGCCGCCACCCCCGCCGCCCAGCGACCCCGGUUCUGCGCCGGGCCCCGCCGACGGGGAGUGCGGGGCGGCCUGUAAGGAGCGCUGCGAAUAAACCCCCUCCGCCCGGGCUUCGGUGUGAGGUUGGGAGGGGGACGGACGGGACCGGUUACCCGUGACCCCGCAGAAGCUGAGGCCUGGACUCCUGGGUUUGAGGGAGGAGGGCCUGGGGGGCUGUGGGCCAGGACUCCGAGGUCUGAGGGAGGAGGGUUGGGGGGCUGGAGAAGGAGGAACUGGGGCCAGGACUCCAGGGUCUGAGGAAGGAGGGUCUGGAGACCAGAACUCUGUGUCAGAAAGGAAAGAACUGGACAACUUUCCUUUCCAGAGCCAGUAGAAACUAGGGGGCUGCCUGCCUAGUACUCUGCCGGGUUCUGGGCAUGCUCGGGAGAGUCCUAACCCUUCUUUAGGACCUACUAUGUGUCAUGUUUGCCGGUAGCAGGAUAAGCAAAACCGCUUCACUCGAUGGGCUCUCUCAUUUACAGAAUCAGCAUGCUUCUCAUCGAGUGCUGUGCAUACCGCGGAGGCUGCACCAUCUGAUUUCAUCCACACCACGGUCCCAUUGGCUGUAGCCUGAGGCUCGAUAACUGGCCUGAGGUCACCUAGCUGGAGUUUGUCCCUCCACACCAGGCGGUGGGUGGAUGGUUAGAGUUCGCCCGUGGUUCAGCAUUAUCCUAUAGAAAUAUAAUGUGAGUCAAAUGUGUAAUUUUAAGUUUUCUAAGAGCCAUAUUUUUUAAAGGGGGGGAACAGGUGAACUUUUAAUAAUAUAUUUUACUUGACCCAAAUAAAUAUAUUUGACCUAAAUACCCCACAUAUUACAGUUUUAACAUGUUGUUAUUUUAAAACUAAAAAAGUUUUAGGGGCGCCUGGGUGGCUCAGUCAUUAAGCGUCUGCCUUUGGCUCAGGUCAUGAUCCCAGAGUCCUGGGAUCCAGCCCCGCAUCGGGCUCCCU